AUGGCAAGCGUGUUACUGCAUCACGUUUGGUAUUCUUGGGGGGUUAAAAGCACGGCACCACCCGGCUUGUUUCGCGAGGACGAGAUAAUGGAUUUCGCGCGGGCGCACUACGAGAAUCGUAACCAGGCUGCGCGCUGGGACGACCGCCAAAUCCGCAACGCGUUCCAAAUCGCCGUACCGCUGGCUUACAACGAUAACCAGGAGUACCUUAACCGCUACCGCCGCCACCGUGGCCGCUACAGUUCCGGGCUUACUAAAAGCGGCAGCGGGGACUGGAACGACCACACGGGUAAAGGCAGCGACGGGCAAAGCAGCGAUAGGAAGAAAGGCGGCGUGGCUUCAACUGCGAAAACGAUGGGUUCGUACCGUCGGCAAAACUAA